UGCCGGAUGGUGGAGGACCACUGAUGAGAGCUGUGAGCGGGCAAUAAACAACAAGGAGAAGAAGGAGAAGUGACUCUUUUAGCUCGCAUUCCACUUCCACGCGGAUACCGGUAAACUCCACGGGAGGAUUUCCUUCACCUGCUGCGUGUGGUGGCCAAGUGAGGAGCGCUGCUUCUGGUAGCCACUUGCAAUGUCACAGAGAAGUGGGCAGGAGGACCCGGAGCGGUACCUCUUUGUGGACCGCGCCGUGGUCUACAACCCGGCCUCGCAGGCCGACUGGACCGCCAAGAGGCUGGUAUGGAUCCCGUCGGAGCGCCACGGUUUCGAAGCGGCCAGCGUACGAGAGGAGCGCAGCGAGGAGGUGCUCGUGGAGCUGGCGGAGAACGGGAAGAAGGCCUCGGUCAACAAGGACGACAUCCAAAAGAUGAACCCGCCCAAGUUCAGCAAGGUGGAGGACAUGGCCGAGCUCACCUGCCUCAACGAAGCGUCCGUACUGCACAACCUCAAGGACCGCUACUACUCGGGCCUCAUUUAUACGUACUCUGGCCUCUUCUGUGUAGUCAUAAAUCCCUACAAAAACCUCCCCAUCUACUCGGAGAACAUCGUGGAAAUGUACCGGGGCAAAAAGAGGCACGAGAUGCCCCCUCACAUCUACGCCAUCUCAGAGUCUGCUUACAGAUGCAUGCUACAAGAUCGAGAGGACCAGUCCAUUCUUUGCACUGGUGAGUCUGGAGCUGGCAAGACGGAGAACACAAAGAAAGUCAUCCAGUACCUGGCGCAUGUUGCCUCCUCCCACAAAGGAAGAAAAGACCACAACAUUCCUCCAGAAUCUCCUAAGCCAGUGAAGCUGCAGAGUGGAGCCCUCUUUUAUGGUGAACUGGAACGUCAGCUUUUACAAGCUAACCCCAUCCUCGAAUCAUUUGGAAACGCGAAGACGGUGAAAAAUGACAACUCAUCCCGUUUUGGGAAAUUCAUCCGCAUCAACUUUGAUGUCACUGGAUAUAUUGUUGGGGCCAACAUUGAAACAUAUUUAUUGGAGAAAUCCAGAGCUAUACGCCAAGCCAAAGAUGAACGCACCUUCCACAUUUUUUACCAGCUGCUGGCCGGAGCUGGAGAACACCUCAAAUCUGACCUGCUUUUGGAGGGGUUUAACAACUACCGUUUCCUGUCCAAUGGCAACAUCCCAAUCCCAGGCCAGCAGGAUAAAGACAACUUCCACGAGACCAUGGAGGCCAUGCACAUCAUGAGCUUCUCCCACGAGGAGAUUCUGGCCAUGUUGAAAGUCGUGUCCUCGGUGCUUCAGUUUGGAAACAUUAUCUUUAAGAAGGAAAGGAACACCGACCAGGCCUCCAUGCCUGAUAAUACAGCCGCUCAGAAGCUGUGUCACCUGUUGGGCAUGAGUGUCAUGGAGUUCACUAGAGCCAUCCUCUCGCCAAGGAUCAAAGUGGGACGAGACUAUGUCCAGAAAGCCCAAACCAAAGAGCAGGCUGACUUUGCUGUGGAGGCCCUGGCUAAAGCAACAUAUGAGCGUCUCUUCCGUUGGCUGGUCCAUCGCAUUAACAAAGCUCUAGACAGGACUAAAAGACAGGGUGCCUCCUUCAUCGGUAUCCUGGACAUUGCUGGCUUUGAGAUCUUCCAGCUCAACUCUUUCGAGCAGCUGUGCAUCAACUAUACCAACGAGAAGCUGCAGCAGCUCUUCAACCACACCAUGUUCAUCCUUGAGCAGGAGGAGUACCAGAGGGAGGGCAUCGAGUGGAGCUUCAUCGAUUUCGGUCUGGACCUGCAGCCCUGCAUCGACCUCAUUGAGAGGCCGGCAAACCCUCCAGGGUUGUUAGCUCUGCUAGAUGAGGAGUGCUGGUUCCCCAAGGCCACAGACAAGACCUUUGUGGACAAGCUGAUCCAAGAACAGGGAACACACACCAAGUUUCAGAAACCGCGCCAGCUCAAAGACAAAGCUGACUUCUGCAUCAUCCACUAUGCUGGAAGGGUGGACUACAAGGCAGAUGAGUGGUUGAUGAAGAACAUGGACCCCCUCAAUGACAACGUGGCCACGCUUCUGCAUCAGUCCACUGACAAAUUUGUGGCGGAGCUGUGGAAAGACGAGAUUCAGACCAUUCAAAGGGCUUCAUUCUAUGACAAUGUCACUAGUCUGGAUGAGCCAGCAGUGGAUCGCAUAGUGGGCCUGGACCAGGUGACAGGCAUGAACGAGACAGCCUUUGGCGCCACCUACAAAACGAAGAAGGGCAUGUUUCGGACUGUGGGUCAGCUCUACAAGGAGUCACUCACCAAGCUCAUGGCCACGCUAAGGAACACCAACCCCAACUUUGUCCGCUGUAUCAUACCCAACCACGAAAAACGAGCAGGUAAACUGGAGCCUCACCUGGUUCUGGACCAGUUGAGGUGUAAUGGUGUUCUCGAGGGGAUCCGUAUCUGCAGACAGGGCUUCCCCAACCGCAUUGUCUUCCAAGAGUUUAGACAGAGAUAUGAGAUCCUCACUCCCAAUGCUAUUCCCAAGGGCUUCAUGGAUGGGAAACAAGCUUGUGAGAGAAUGAUUCAAGCCCUUGAGCUGGACCCCAACCUGUUUCGCAUCGGCCAGAGUAAGAUCUUCUUCAGAACCGGUGUUCUGGCUCACUUGGAGGAGGAGCGUGAUCUGAAGAUCACUGACAUCAUCAUUUACUUCCAGUCUGUGUGUCGUGGAUACUUGGCACGCAAGGCCUUUGCUAAGAAGCAGCAACAGCUAAGUGCCCUGAAGGUUCUCCAGAGGAAUUGUGCUGCUUACCUGAAGCUGCGACACUGGCAGUGGUGGAGGCUCUUUACAAAGGUGAAGCCUCUUCUGCAAGUAACAAGGCAGGAGGAGGAAAUGCAAGCCAAAGAUGAGGAGCUAGUCAAGGUGAAGGAGAGACAGCUGAUGGUGGAGAAUGAUCUUGUGGAGAUGGAAAGGAAACACCAACAGCUCAUGGAGGAGAAGACCAUUCUAGCAGAGCAGCUCCAGGCAGAAACGGAGCUGUUUGCAGAGGCCGAAGAGAUGAGAGCUCGUCUGGCCUCCAGGAAGCAAGAGCUCGAGGAGAUACUCCAUGACCUGGAGUCUCGGGUGGAGGAAGAGGAGGAAAGGAACCAGAGUCUGCAGAACGAGAAGAAGAAGAUGCAGUCGCACAUUCAGGACCUGGAGGAGCAGCUCGAUGAGGAGGAAGCCGCACGACAGAAGCUUCAGCUCGACAAAGUGACGGCUGAGGCAAAGAUCAAGAAAUUAGAAGAAGACAUUGUGUUGCUCGAGGACCAAAACACCAAGUUUCACAAGGAGAAAAAGCUGCUGGAGGACCGGAUCAAUGAAGCGACCACCAUGCUGACAGAGGAGGAGGAGAAAACAAAGAACCUUGGCAAGCUCAAAAACAAGCAGGAGAUGAUAAUGGUGGAUCUGGAGGAGCGUCUGAAGAAGGAAGAGAAAACACGUCAGGAACUGGAGAAAGCCAAACGCAAGCUGGACGCUGAGACGACAGAUCUGCAGGACCAGAUUGCUGAGCUCCAAGCGCAGAUUGAAGAAUUGAAGAUCCAAUUGGCCAAGAAGGAGGAGGAGUUCCAGGCAUCAUUGGCCAAGAGUGACGAGGAGACGGCGCAAAAGAACAACGCCCUCAAGCAGAUCCGGGAGCUGCAGGCCCAACUGGCUGAGCUCCAGGAGGAUCUGGACUCCGAGAAGAUGUGCCGAAGUAAAGCUGAAAAACUGAAGAGGGACCUCAGCGAGGAGCUCGAGGCGCUGAAGACGGAGCUGGAGGACACGCUAGACACCACUGCCACCCAGCAGGAACUCAGGACCAAGCGAGAGCAAGAAGUGGCUGAGCUCAAGAAAGCGAUCGAUGAGGAGAGCAAAAACCAUGAGGCCCAGAUCCAAGAAAUGAGGCAGAGGCACGCCAUUGCGCUGGAGGAACUGUCUGAACAACUGGAUCAGGCUAAAAGAUUUAAGUCCAAUUUGGAAAAGAACAAGCAGUGUCUGGAAAACGAUAACAAAGAGUUGGUCUGCGAGGUGAAGAUUCUGCAGCAGACCAAGACGGAGUCCGAACAUAAGAGGAAAAAACUGGAGUCCGUGAUGCAGGAGUUCACGGCCAGAACUGCUGAGAUGGAGCGAACCAAGGGGGAGAUGGCUGACCGUUCCCACAAACUCCAGAUGGAGCUGGAUAACGUGUCAGUCUUGCUGGAGGAGGCGGAGAAGAAGGGCAUCAAACUGACAAAGGACGCCGACAACCUGGGAAGCCAGCUGCAGGAUACACAUGAGUUACUUCAGGAGGAGACUCGCCAGAAGCUAAACCUGGGCAGCAAAGUGCGCCAGCUGGAGGAGGAGAAGAACACCUUGCUGGAGCAGCAGGAGGAAGAGGAGGAGGCUCGACGCAACUUGGAGAAACAGCUGCAGAUGACCCAGACUCAGCUGAUUGAGACUAAGAAGAAGCUGGAAGAGGAUGUGGGAGCCAUGGAGGGCCUGGAAGAAGUGAAGAGAAAACUCCAGAAAGACGUGGAGCUGACGAGCCAGCGUCUGGAGGAGAAGGCCAUGGCCACGGACAAGAUGGAGAAGACCAAAAACCGACUGCAGCAGGAGCUGGAUGACCUGAUGGUGGACCUGGACCACCAGAGGCAGAUAGUCUCCAACCUGGAGAAGAAACAGAAGAAGUUUGACCAGAUGCUGGCUGAAGAGAAGACCGUGUCGGCUCGGUACGCCGAGGAGCGUGACCGUGCGGAGGCCGAGGCUAGGGAGAAGGAGACCAAGGCCUUGUCCAUGGCUAGAGCUCUGGAGGAGGCUCUGGAGGCCAAGGAGGAGCUGGAGAGGUUCAACAAGCAGCUCCGUUCAGAAAUGGAGGACCUGAUGAGCUCAAAGGAUGACGUGGGAAAGAAUGUCCACGAGCUGGAGAAAUCCAAGCGUGCGCUGGAGCAACAGGUGGAGGAGAUGCGGACUCAGCUGGAGGAGCUGGAGGACGAGCUGCAGGCCACCGAGGACGCCAAAUUGCGCUUAGAGGUCAACAUGCAGGCCAUGAAGGCCCAGUUUGACAGAGACUUGCAGUCGAGGGACGAGCAGGGCGACGAGAAGAAGCGGGCGCUGGUCAAACAGGUGCGUGAAAUGGAGGCCGAGUUGGAGGACGAGAGGAAGCAGAGGACGCUAUCCGUGGCCUCCAAGAAGAAGCUGGAGAUGGAUCUGAAUGAGCUGGGUGGGCAAAUAGAAGCAGCCAAUAAAGGCAGGGACGAGGCCAUGAAACAACUAAAGAAACUACAGGCUCAGAUGAAGGACUAUCAGAGGGAGCUGGAGGAGGCGCGGGCCUCCAGGGACGAGAUCUUCACGCAGUCCAAAGAAAACGAAAAGAAACUCAAGAGCCUCGAAGCUGAAAUCUUGCAACUACAAGAGGACCACGCGGCGUCGGAGAGAGCCCGCCGGCACGCCGAACAGGAGCGAGACGAACUGGCAGACGAAAUCUCCAACAGCACUUCCGGAAAGUCCAUGCUGCUGGAGGAAAAGAGGAGACUGGAGGCUCACAUCGCCCAACUGGAGGAGGAGCUGGAGGAGGAGCAGGGCAACACGGAGCUGCUUAACGAGCGCUUCAGGAAGAGCACGCUGCAGGUGGAGAGUCUAAACACGGAGCUGGCUGCGGAGCGCGGUGCCUCCCAAAAGAGUGAGAACGCUCGGCAACAGAUGGAGCGUCAGAACAAGGAGCUGAAGGCCAAGCUAGCAGAGCUGGAAGGCUCAGUCAAGUCCAAGUUCAAGGCCUCCAUCACGGCGCUGGAAGCUAAAAUCCUGCAGCUGGAGGAGCAGCUGGAGCAGGAAGCAAAAGAGAGAGCGGCGGCCAAUAAGAUCGUCCGACGCACAGAGAAAAAGCUGAAGGAGGUGAUGAUGCAGGUGGAGGAUGAGCGGCGUCACGCCGACCAGUACAAGGAACAGGUGGACAAGGGCAACUCGCGUAUGAAGCAACUGAAGCGUCAGCUGGAGGAGGCCGAGGAGGAGGCCACCAAGGCCAACGCGUCGCGCAGGAAGAUGCAGAGGGAGCUGGACGACGCCAGCGAAGCCAGCGAGGGCCUCAGCCGCGAGAUAAGCAGCCUCAAGAGCAGACUCAGGCGAGGCGGUCCCGUCAGCUUCUCGUCCUCCGGCCGCUCGGGCCACCACAACCUGAACGUGGACGCCGCCUCCGUGGACCGCUCCGACGACGAUGCCGACAGCCGCACCGGCGACUUCAACGACAUCGCCAAUGCGGAGUGAACCAACACACUCACUCCAACCGGGACUGAAAACAACUGCAGCACAUCUGUCCACCAAUACCACACUACCAGCGGUACCUUGACUUACAUGUGCCCCAACUAACUAGUUUUUCAGUUAUCAGCAACUCAAGGUAAUAAAAAAAAAAAAACAUUAUUUUUUUUUUUUGCCUUGAGUUGCUAGUCCUGUCGUGAAUAGCAAAAAUCUACACGUCAUUGACCCCCCC